GCUGUCGUUUAUGUCAUCCCUGCUUCUCCAGACAGAAGAUACCAAAAAGUUGCAAUCAAAGAUCUCUUCAUCUUAUUGAUAAAGCCAUUAAUAAGCCAAAAUGUCUGUCAACGUCAACCGCAGCGUGUCAGACCAGUUCUAUCGCUACAAGAUGCCCCGGAUUGCCAAGCUUGAGGGCAAAGGAAAUGGAAUCAAGACAGUUAUAGUCAACAUGGUUGACGUUGCAAAGGCGCUUAAUCGGCCUCUAACGUAUCCCACCAAAUAUUUUGGUUGUGAGCUGGGAGCACAGACCCAGUUUGAUGUUAAGAAUGACCGUUACAUUGUCAAUGGAUCUCAUGAGGCGAAUAAGCUGCAAGACAUGUUGGAUGGAUUCACAAAAAAAUUUGUUCUCUGUCCUGAGUGUGAGAACCCUGAAACAGAUCUGCAUGUCAAUCCGAAGAAGCAAACAAUAGGUAAUUCUUGUAAAGCCUGUGGCUAUUGAGGCAUGCUUGACACACGUCAUAAACUCUGCACGUUCAUUCUCAAAAACCCACCUGAGAAUAGUAACAGUGGCACAGGAAAGAAAGAGAAGGAAAAGAAGGACAGGAAGGGCAAAGACAAGGAAAAUGGUUCAGUAUCCAGCAGUGAAACACCACCGCCGCCACCACCAAGUGAAAUCAGUCCUCCCCCACAUGCUGUGGAAGAGGAGGAGGAUGAUGACUGGGGAGAGGAUACAACUGAGGAAGCUCAGAGGCGCAGAAUGGAUGAAAUCAGUGACCAUGCAAAAGUGCUGACACUCAGUGACGACUUGGAGAGGACUGUGGAAGAGCGCGUCAACAUCCUGUUUGACUUUGUGAAGAAAAAGAAAGAAGAGGGCGUCAUUGACUCAUCGGACAAGGAAAUCGCUGCUCAGGCAGAAAGGCUGGACGUGAAAGCCAUGGGCCCUCUUGUUCUGACUGAAGUUCUCUUUAAUGAGAACAUCAGGGAACAAAUUAAGAAAUACAGGCGCCAUUUUCUAAGAUUUUGUCACAACAACAAAAAAGCUCAGUGGUACCUUCUUCAUGGUUUGGAGUGUGUGGUAGCAAUGCAUCAAGCUCAGCUCAUCUCCAAGAUCCCACACAUCUUGAAGGAGAUGUACGAUGCGGACCUUUUAGAAGAAGAAGUCAUCAUCAGCUGGUCGGAAAAGGCUUCUAAGAAAUACGUCUCAAAAGAACUUGCCAAAGAGAUUCGUGUCAAAGCAGAACCAUUUAUUAAAUGGUUGAAGGAGGCAGAGGAGGAGUCUUCUGGUGGUGAAGAAGAUGAGGAAGAUGAGAACAUUGAGGUGGUGUAUUCGAAGACUGCCAGUGUACUGAAAGUUGAAACUGUGAAGUCUGACAACAAGGAUGACGACAUUGAUAUUGAUGCCAUUUAAAGGGCCGGAUGCGACCUAGCUUACCAGUGUAAUGCUGCAACUUUUUCUCCAUUAUCAGCCAGAAGUGCAACAUGUAUGUGCAAAAGCUAAAAUAGCUUAACAUCAUGCUACACUUUAUACUAAGAAAACUAUUACUGUGAGUGAUCUGUAUUUAAGCCCAAUGAGACAUCUAGGGAGUCCAUACACAUCAGUGAGCAGAUAGAGUUUGCUUAUUUUAUAGCAUGUUUCUUUUUGAAAAACUAGUGAUGGACACAUUUGGAUCACAUUUAUACAGUUAACAAAAAUUAAGAUUUGAUUUUGGUCAUUCUUAAGAUUUUUGGCUCUGAAUGACUUUGGCUAAAGUAAUUGGCUCCUUUUAUAAUGUACCAUCAUUUAACCUGAUAGGAUUCUUGGAGCCUGUGAUACGUUGUUAGGUGCUGAGACCAUAAUGAGGUCUUCAGAGUGUAAGUGUGUGUAUUUGUAAUGACUUUAUUCAGCCACUAAGAAAUACAGUACUUGGAAAGUUUUACCUCUGGUCCCACGGAUUGGUGUUUGGUAAUGUACGUUUAGGCCGAGGUAGACUGCUGAUCAAAUGACAGCACAACAUCUGAGGAGCAGAAGUGACCUGAGUGUCCUAUAAACAUUGAUUGAGAGCAGGUUUUGAAACUUGAAAUUUUGUUUUUCCAGUUUGUGUACAAUUUCCCCAAAUUGGUAGUCUUUGAAGUCGUGUGCAUUGCAUGUUGGAUGAGCCAGGGAAAUGACUACUACAUUAACAAAUGAGCAUUUUAUGUGUAUGUAGUGGUUGCUUUGUACUAAGAGAACAC